UUUGCCCUCAUGCCAAUAUUGGUAUCUGAAUACGUUCGAGCCGCACAAACCAACUCCUCUCAAAAACACCUAUUUUAAGUUCAUGUGAAUCUCUCUCUGUCUCUCUCUCUCUCUCACUCUCUCCAUAGAAACAACGAAAUCUCAGCUCCGGACCAGAGAUCUUGAUCCAAUAGGUUGGCUUUUAUACCCUCGGUGACCUUGCAGACUCAGACUGGGGAUCUCUGUGCCCUUGUGUGCGUCCUCGCAGAAGUCGGGACCUAUCAAGGGCCUCUGUCUCGUUUCGCCGCUUGUUUCACUGCCGAGGAGCUUCAUUUUGGGUUGUGAUCUCGCAAGAAUCGUAGUGUCGGCUUGUUUUCUGUUGUAGGGAGUCCAUUUGAGUGCAUUUUCUUUGUGAUUUUGAUCGACAAAGAGGUGCCUUCCUUUGUCGGGUCAAAUGUGGCUGGUGAUGGGAUAGGAGUGUUGGGAAUCGGGAGAAGUUGGUGUUUGCCCUCGUUUUACCGGCUAAUCUGAACCCUUUUUAAAGUGUAGAUUGCUAAUCUGGCAUAAAGAUGUUUCCUUUACCUAAUUUGUUUUGAUUUCUCUUCUUUCCUAGUUGUUUUUUUUAGUCUUCCGGGGAAAUAUUAUUUGGCUAGUGUGGAGAUUUGGGAGGCUUCCUCUCUUUUAUGCAGCAUGAGGAAUCUCUUCCUCUCGGAUUCCUGCCAAGAGGGACAACUUCAUGCCCUUACUCCCCAGACAUGGCUUCAGGUGGAGAGAGCCAAGCUGUCCAAAUCCUCCUUAUACUCCACAUCUUCCAUUGAGUCUCUAAUCAAGGUUGCGGAGCCACCAAUUCUGGCUCUAUUUAAGCCUGUAGAUUAUGUACAAGUCUUAGCUCAGAUCCAUGAAGAACUCGAAUCGUGCACACCACAAGAAAGGUCGAGCCUGCACUUGCUCCAGUUCCAGGUAUUUCGGGGUCUUGAGGAGGUCAAAUUGCUAGAAAGGAGUCUUCAUUCUGCUUGGCAGAAUGCUACCACGAUUCAUGAAAAGCUCGUAUAUGGGUCAUGGCUAAGGUACAAGAAACAAGGAGAAGAGGUCAUAUCUGACCUCCUUUCUUCCUGCGAGAAGUGCUCACAAGAAUUUGGAUUUGUGGAUGUUGCUUCUCAGAUCCCUGUUAAGACCGUUGAUAUGGUCAGUGAAUGCAGUUAUGAUAUUUCACAAGUUUCUAGUACUGUACAUUUCCGAAUUGGGGAUGAGAUGAUUGCUUGUGAGAGACAAAAGAUAGCGGCUUUGUCUCCUCCAUUUAAUACCAUGCUUAAUGGGUCCUUCACCGAGUCACAUCUGGAAGUCAUUGACUUGUCUGAGAAUGGCAUAUCACCGGUGGGUAUGAGAGCAGUCUCUAAGUUCAGUGGCACAGGGCAAUUAGAUGAUUUAUCUGUUGAAAUUUUGUUGGAGAUAUUGAUAUUCUCAAAUACAUUCUGCUGUGCAAGGCUUAAAGUUGCUUGUGAUAAGAAAUUGGCUUCGUUAGUUUCUUCACACCAAGAUGCUGUAGACCUUAUGGAGUGUGCAGUGGAAGAAAAUACUCCCAUACUUGCUGCUUCGUGCUUGCAAGUGCUAUUGCAUGAACUUCCUCACUGUUUGAAUGAUGAACAAGUUGUUAAAAUCUUCUUGAAUGCCAGCAAGCAACAGCGGACAACCAUGGUCGGUCAUGCUUCAUUUUCAUUAUACUGUUUUCUAAGUGAAGUUGCAAUGAACAUUGAUCCAAGUUCAGAUGUCACAGCAUGUUUCCUCGAGAAGUUGGUGGAGUCGGCAGUGAGUACCAGGCAGAAGCAAGUGGCCUUUCAUCAGCUUGGAUGUGUUAGGCUAUUGAGAAAGGAAUAUAGUGAAGCAGAACAUGAUUUCAAUGCUGCUUUUGCUGCUGGACAUGUCUAUUCUGUUGCUGGAUUGGCCAGAUUGGCUUUUAUUAAAGGGGACCAAAUUUUGUCCUAUGAGAAGCUUACUUCUGUAAUAUCAUCCCAUCAACCACUAGGUUGGAUAUAUCAAGAGAGAUCUUUGUACUCUGAAGGCGAUAGAAAAUGGGAGGACCUUGAUAAGGCAACUGAGUUGGACCCUACUCUUACUUACCCGUACCUGUGUCGGGCAGCAUGUUUGAUGAGAAAACAAGAUGCCCAACUUGCUUUGGCAGAAAUUAACCAUGUCCUAGGAUUCAAGCUGUCUUUAGAAUGUCUUGAACUGCGCUUCUGUUUCUAUCUGGCACUUGAGGAUUAUAAAGCUGCACUUUGUGAUGUUCAAGCAAUUCUUACACUGGCUCCCGAGUAUCGAAUGUUUGAAGGACGAGUAACUGCUUCCCAGUUGUGGACACUAGUUAGAGAGCAUGUGGAGCAAUGGACUCUUGCGGAUUGUUGGUUACAACUUUAUGAUAGGUGGUCAUCAGUGGAUGAUAUAGGCUCCCUCUCAGUAAUUUAUCAGAUGCUGGAGUCUGAUGCUGCAAAAGGAGUGCUGUAUUUCAGGCAAUCAUUGCUUCUUCUCAGAUUGAACUGUCCUGAGGCUGCAAUGCGUAGCCUACAGCUUGCAUGCCAACACGCUGCAACUGAACAUGAACGAUUGGUCUAUGAGGGUUGGAUAUUAUAUGAUACCGGUCACUGUGAGGAAGGACUUCGCAAAGCCGAGGAGUCAAUUUCCAUCCAAAGGUCAUUUGAAGCUUUCUUUCUGAAAGCCUAUGCUUUGGCAGAUUCAAGUCUCGAUCCUUCAUGUUCAGCCACUGUUGUUUCACUUCUUGAAGAUGCACUAAAGUGCCCUUCAGAUAGGCUUCGAAAGGGGCAGGCACUGAACAACCUUGGCAGUGUCUAUGUUGACUGCGGGAAGUUAGAUAUGGCAGCUGAUUGUUACAUCAAUGCCCUAAAAAUCCAGCAUACCCGAGCCCAUCAGGGCCUUGCUCGAGUCCAUUUCCUUAAAAAUGACAGAAAGGCUGCAUAUGAGGAAAUGACAAAGUUAAUAGAGAAGGCUAGAAACAAUGCAUCAGCAUAUGAGAAGAGAUCCGAAUACUGUGAGCGGGAACAUACUAAAGACGAUCUGCUGAUGGUUACCCAGUUGGAUCCCUUGCGGGUUUAUCCAUAUAGAUAUCGAGCAGCAGUCUUGAUGGAUAACCACAAGGAAAAGGAAGCAAUAGCAGAGUUGACACGAGCUAUCACAUUCAAGGCUGACCUUCAUCUCUUGCACCUCCGUGCAGCAUUUCAUGAGCACACUGGAGAUAUCUCCAGUGCGCUUCGAGACUGCCGUGCAGCCCUUUCUUUGGAUCCCAACCAUCAGGAGAUGCUCGAGCUCCACAAGCGCGUAAACAGCCAAGAACCUUGAUGGAACGUUGACCAUACUGUACAUUACCCCAGAUCCAUGCAGCUGUGCACCUGAUCACGGCCUGGUUGAUCUGUAUUCUUUGUUUGUUUCUUUCUUUUCUAGUUCCGUAUAAUCUGUGUUGUUUAGAUGUAGCAUUAUGAUUGCUUAUCGACUAAAUUUUGGCACGUCCAAUGAGAUGAAAUUUCAGAGCCAGUUUGCAGUGUCUACUUUUCAUUAAUCAAUUGUGCUUUUUAUGUAAUCAUACUUGUAUCAAAUUUGUGAAGCAAAUGGGCAUGAUUUACUACGAAA